CAUUGCAUCGCCUUCAUGCUGCACGGCCCCUAUCUCAUGGCUCUCGGUGGUCGUCACAUGUUUCUCCUACAUUUCUGUGCAGCUCGCUACACUGUGCGAUCGUUCGGCAUCCGUAGGAAUGAGAAGAUCGCCGUUCACUGCACCGUCCGAGGUGCAAAGGCUGAGGAGAUCCUGGAGAAGGGGUUGAAGGUGCGUGAGUAUGAGCUGAGGAAGAACAACUUCUCUGACACUGGCAACUUCGGCUUUGGCAUCCAGGAGCACAUUGACCUGGGGAUAAAGUACGACCCCAGCAUCGGCAUCUACGGCCUGGACUUCUAUGUGGUCCUGGGUAGACCAGGCUUCAGCAUUGCAGACAAGAAGAGGAAAAUGGGCCGUAUUGGGUUCAAGCACCGCAUCCGCAAGGAGGAAGCCAUGCGCUGGUUCCAGCAGAAGUACGAUGGCGUCAUCCUCCCUGGGAAGUAAACGGACCAUGUUUUUGACUUUGUAAUGUACUAUUAAAAAGAAAAAUGACAUCU